GACGUAGCCGGGUGGCCGUUUUGCGCAUGCGCGCACUCGGGACGUAAACGCUGCGACCAAGUUCAAACCAGUGGCGGGUUCCCUCCGAGUCGUCCUCAUCCCGGCUCCCUUCCUCUGCGCUUCUUAACCCAUGGACCCGAUUCGGAGUUUCUGCGGGAAGCUGCGGACUCUGGCUAGCACGCUAGACGAUGAGACGUCCCGGCUUCAGCGAGCCCUGAUCGGAGAGGAGAACGACCUUGAAGAUUAUCCAAUGAGAAUUUUACAUGACCUUCAUUCAGAAGUCCAGAAUCUAAAGGAUGAUGUUAAUACCCUUCUGAAUAAAGCAAGACUGCAAAGUCAAGAAAGCAUUGGCUUCAUAAAGGCAGCAAAAGUACUGAUGAAAAAAAAUUCAACGGAUAUCAUAAAAAUAAGAGAGUUUUUCGAGAAGUAUGGAUAUGAUCCACGUGUCAAAGAAAAUUCAGUGUGUGAGAAAGAAGUCACUGACCCUCCGCUGGAGCUGGCUGAAACCAAGCAUCUUCCAACACCUGAUAGGAAGGCAGAGCUCUCUGAUCCUUUGGUCUCUGAGAAUCUUCUACGUAGUCCACAGCUUUCUGAUUUUGGACUUGAGCGAUACAUGAUACCCCAAGUUCUAUUAAAACCUCAGCAAGCAGUAGACAACCAUAUGAAAGAGCACACCAUUGACACUCCACCGACUACAUACCCUCUAGUCAAAGUGCCUACAACCCCAAAAUGCACUCUCAAUAUGGACAACUUUGAGUGUGUAACUCCUAAACUAGAACACUUUGGUAUCUCUGAAUACUCUAUGUGUUUAAAUGAAGAUUACACAAGGGGCCUUAAAAAAAUGAUGACUAGUAAAAGUGAGGAGGCCAUAAGAACAGAACCUGUGACUGAUGACAACUUCCUGGCCACUCCGGGCUCCAUAAUCCAGCAGCGGGAAAAAUGUGGUGCUGAGUAUACAGAUUCACCCUUGGUGCCUACAUUCCGCACUCCUGGUUUGAAAAUUCCUUCUACCAAGAACACAACUUUGGUAUCUACAAAUUCUCCAUUAUCAAAAACAAAUAAUUUGUCUAAUGAUUUAGAAGUUAAAGAUUGUGCCUCAAUCAUUUUAAGUUCUGAUGAGUGCUUUGAGAACUUUGCAGAUCCCUCCUCUCCAAAAAUCUCAUCUUAUGAAAACCUGCUGAGAACGCCUACACCUCCAGAAGUAACAGCAGUUCCAGAAGAUAUUCUCCAGAUUUUAUCAAAAUACAAAUCUAACCUCACUACUCCAGUAGCAGUAAAAGCAGUGCCUCCCAGGAAAGGGUUCCUCAGAUAUGAAGGACAAAGCAUCCGAGAUGUUGGCAACAAGGAAAACUGGUGAAGGAAUUCCUUUGAACCAUCUAUUGUAGAGCAGAAUACGGUAUAAGCAGAUCUGGACUUACACAUUCUCCUCCCUCUUGGACAGUGAUGGUUUAACUUGGGUUUUGUGGAGUUUUGAUUUGUUUUCACCUGUCUUGCAGACAUAUUGUUGAGUCAUCCGAUUUUUAAGGAUGAUUACCAUCUCAAUGUUAAAUUAACCUGUUUAACCUAAUAGAAUGACUUAAGUAAUGUCAGGAAUUGUACAGUUUUUAAGAUAUAAAUGCUAUUGCUUAUUAGCUACUCUGAUCAGACACCUCUGAUCUUGUGGACAGGUGGUUGCUGCUGUCUGCCAGCUCUGUCCAUCUGUUUCAUGACUGUCCCGAAGUCUUUUUUUGGCCCUUAAAGCACUAAUGGCUGCCUGUGGUACGUUCCUGGAACUCCCCUACCUGGGAAGUGGCAAGCAUAAUGAGUUCCAGGCCAAAGAUAGCAAAACCCCAUCUCAGAAACAAAAUGCAAAAAAAUUCAAAAGGGCUGGGGGCAUUGUCUAGCAUGUGUGAUGCCCUGGCUUUAGUCCCUGAUUUGCUAUUUGCAAACUACAGAGAAAGCAUUAAACUAACGUUCUGGCAUAGGUAACUGCACUGUGUGCAGUGAAGGUGGCAGUAUGAGGCAGCUGGAAGGAGGCAGGCACUGCUGUGAGGAUGCUUGUCUUCUCUUUCUCCCAGCUUCGCAUUGUGGUGAACAUUCUCACAGCACCACUUGACUGGUGCCUUCUAGCUUUGCUCUCUAGCUUGGCCACACAGCACUUUCCUCUGGAAGGUUCUGACUAACCCUGGGCCAGGGAUCCUUCUGUACAUCCUCUGGGUUUCUAGAACUACUGCCUGUCCAUCGAGCCUGAGAUCCUUCCAAAUUUAAGAGCUGAAAAGUCAUUAUCUAAUUUCUUAGCUUUUCGGAGUUCAAAGUAAAGAUGAUUCUUUAAUUGUGCUUUGAAAAUCAAAUGGAAGAAUUACUGUUUGUUUAUAUAAUGGGCAAUAAAUCUUUUUCAACUGGCUAGUUUAUCAAGGUAAAGUCUAGUCCAUUGUGAGAGUGUGUGUCUGUGUCUGUGUCUGUCUC